AUGGGAGCGAUUGUUAGCAAACCACCUCAAGGAAACUCUCAAAAGAAGGACAAUAGUAAGGAUAAUAACGUUGCUAGUAAGAACGACACAAAGGCUAAUGUACAAAAAACAAAGACUUAUGAGGAUCAACCAAAGUAUAUCCCAGAGAAACAACAAAAUCCAUCGACAACAUCUUCUUCUUCUAAUCCUCCAGUAAAUAAUAAUAUUCAAAAACAAGAUAUUAAUAAUACCAACAAUAACAAUAUAAAUAAUGUUCCUCAAAAUAAUGACAUUGAGGAAAUGAACAAUAACAAACCAAUAGUGGAUUUCAAGGAUGACCUCCCAACAGAAGAUGAAUUUGAUGGUGUUGAAGAAUAUAAUGAUGGAGAACAAGGAGAACCAGCAUUCCAAAUGGAUGAACAUAUCUCUGCUUGCAUGUGUCCAGUGUUCGUUGUAGAUACAAAAACAAAUAUUCAUUCAAUGAAUAGUUUCGGUGAGGAAUUGUUUGGAAAAUCCCUCAAAGAUUUGCAGUCGAAGAAUGUUUGCCUUAUUUUGAAUGAAAAUAGUGCAGGUGAACUUCAGAAAAGAAUUAGAGAUUACUUGCAGCUUAGAUCUAAAUCAAUGCUUGCAGAAAAGGUUGUGUAUGAUAUUAAGGAUCCAAAAACUCCGAUCAAGAAGGUUGGUGUACGAAUUACCGAAAUGAUCAAAAAUGGUUUACCAUUCUUCAUUUGUUAUCUUCAACCUGAAGGUAUGCAGAAAGGAAGUAAUUUUGAAGAUGUUUUAAAGAAUCAGAAUGCUGCAGCUGCUGAUGACAAUGAAGACGAUGACGAGGAUGGUGAUGGUAACAGUCAGGCUAGUAUGGAUAGAAAGAGUUUAAUUGGAGAAGAAAAUAAUGAAGGAAAUAAUACUGCUGAGGAAGGGGAAGUUCAACAACAAUCAUUCCAGUUCCACAGUGCAGUAACACAACUUUCAACAAUUCCUAUCGUUGCCAUUGAUACUCUAUCAAUUGUUAACACAUGGAAUCCUGCUGCUGAACAUGUUUUUGGUAUUAGAGCAAGUGAAAUUAUUGGCAAUUCACUGACGGUAAUUAUGCCUGAUGAAAUUGCUAUCAAUCACAAUGCCUUUGUGAACAGAUACAUCAAGACUGGUAUUAAGAGAGUUGUUGACAAAACCAGAGUUGUUAAUGGCAAAAGAAAAUCAGGAGAAAUUUUUCCUGUUGAACUUAAAAUUACUGAAAUCAAAGAUGACAAGGACCAAAGAAUUUUCCUUGGGUUUGCCAGAGAUAUGACAGCCGUCAUUACAAAGACAGAACAGUACAAACACUUGGCUGAACAAAUUUUCCCAGCCUCUAUAGCCUCUAGAGUUGUAAAUGGUGAUCUUAUUCACGACUUCCACGAUCAAGCAACAAUCAUGUUUAGUGACAUUGAGAACUUUAACCAAUUGUCAAUGGAAAUUUCUCCAAAGAAUCUGAUAAGCUUUUUGGAUUCCAUUUUCGAAAAGUUUGAUGUUACGAUACAAAAAUAUCAAUUGGAAAAGAUCAAAACCAUUGGUGAUAAUUAUAUGUUGGCAAGUGGUUUACCAGAACAGAAUAAUAAUUUUGCGGAAAAUGCAGUAAGAGGAGCCUUUGAAAUGGCACAAAUUGUUUCUGAUAUGAACAAAACAUCUAAAUUCAAAGUGAAUGUUAAAAUUGGUUUGAGUACAGGUGAAGUUGUUGCUGGUAUUGUCGGUAAGAAGAAGCCUGCUUAUGACGUUUGGGGAGCUACUGUAAAUUUUGCUUCAAGAAUGCAAUCUACAAGUCUUACUAAUCACCUUCAAAUUUGUACAAAAACAUAUGAAAAAUUACCACAAGAUCUUGCCUCUAAGUUUACCCAUAGAACUGGUGUCAAAGUGAAAGGAAUUGGUACUUGUGAGACUUAUAUUUCAAUUGAUCCAGUUGUGUAA